AAUUAAAAAAUAAAGUACAUCUCUGGUCGCAGUGUGCACAAGCUGUUGUUUUACUGUUUACAAACAUAGUGUCAUGAGUUCAUAGAAGGCAAAAUGAAGUUACUUGCUUGGGGUGCAAAUACAUAUGGUCAGCUUGGAGUUGGUUAUAAAUCUGAGCUUUGUGCUGAACCUGUUGAAGUGAGAGCUCCAACAAUUGACCCAAAGUUGCUUACAAGACUUUGUGGAGGAGGAGGCCAUACACUCAUUUUGGAUAAAAAUGGAAACAUUUAUUCCUGUGGCUGGAAUAACAAAGGCCAAUUAGGUCGGUCUGUGGAAGAACAAGCAACAUCUUUUGAACAUAUAGCAGCUCUUUCAGGCCAUCAUAUCAUUGAUAUCAGUUGUGGCUGGGAAACAAGUUUUGCUCUGACAAGGGAUGGGAAAUUAUUUGGUUGGGGCUCCAAUGUCUAUGGACAACUGUCUCUGCCAAGGGAUCAGGUUACAUUCAGUGCCUCACCUCUCCAGUUGACAGACCAUAAAGUGAAACAACUUUCAUCUGGUCUAAGACACACAGCAGUUGUCACUGAACUGGGUGAUGUAUUUGUUUGUGGUAGUGGAAGAAAAGGGCAACUAGGAAUUGUACAUCAUGGCCAGCCACUUAAAGAAAGUUAUACUUUACAACACGUUCCAGGCUUGCCACCAAUUAAGAUGGUUGCAUGUGGUCAACACCAUACCAUAGCUUUGUCAGUGUGUGGGAAAAUUUUUGUAUGGGGAGACAACAAGUUUGGACAACUGGGAUUUGAUCCUUUACUACAUCACAAUUUUGCCUAUCCUAUACAGCUUGAUUGUUCUGGACGUGAAAGUCUUCCACAAGAAUGCUUACUUUCAUGUGGAUGGACACACACAGUCUUAAGAACAGAAGAGGGAAAGAUAGUUAACUGGGGAAGAAAUAAUUAUGGACAGCUGGGCUGUGCUGAGAAACAAAGACUUGAAAGCUGGAAGCCAACAUUUCUGAAUGAUGUUCCCAGUACAAAACAGAUUGCAGUUGGAUCCGAACAUAAUGUGGCUUUGUCUGAGAACAGUGAAGUGCUAUGCUGGGGCUGGAAUGAACAUGGCAGCUGUGCGACAGGAGCUGAUGUGGAUGUGAAGAGUCCCAAGAAAGUUGAAAAUGCACAGAAAGCUGUUUUAAUAGGGACAGGAGGUGCCCACAGCUUUGCUGUUGCUAGUCUGGACUGAUACUGAAAUUGGUGACUGAUUGUUUUUGUUAAUAAAAUUACUUUCAAUGGCAUUGCUCUGUGAAGGCAUCAAGGAUACAUCCUGACAUUUGAGUAAAAUUCACGUCGACAGCAAAAUGGUUCAAACUGAGACUUAAUGAGAGAAUGUCAAGUUUUUAUACUAAACCUCUUAACAAAAAUAAUAUAAGUCUACAAAAAUUUCUCUUAAAAGCCUUUUGUCAGAUCAUUCCAUAUAAACCAUCAGCUUUGAAGCAAAACGCCAACAAAAAUAAUGCAGUACAAAAUAACUUUCAUUUAUAUGGUAUGUGCUAUGGGAUUAAGACUAGCUUGAUAUAAUUUUUGUGUUUUAUUCUGGUCACAUGGAACUAUGUAUUGCCAUUAAAAAUUUAAGUUUUGUUGCUCACUCUUGGCUGUUUGACUUAUCGUAUAUGAUAUACAAGGGUAAGCCAAUUAUUUUUGUUUAUUUUUGUAGUACUGUGCUAGGUUAGUUUCGUUAUAGCUGCUGUGCUGGUAAUCAUGGCUGCUUUGCUGUCUAUUUGCACCAUAGAAGAGUAACAUUCAGUGAUCUGGUUUUUUGUGGUUGGAAGGCGUGGGGCCAAAAUUCAUCAAAGACUUUCGGUACAGUACGGAAACAGCAUUUUGCCACAACAUAGUGUGUACGAAUGGAAUGAAAAAUUCCAAAAUGGUCACACAAGUGUUAUGCAUGAUGAAGGAGCCAGAUGAUAAUUUACCGCCACAAAUGAAGAAACCAUUGAGUGUUCACGUGAAAUGAUUCUCUUAGACAGAGUGGCACAUUGUCUGCAAAUUAGUCAUGGUUCUGCCUAUGAAAUCAUCCACAACAGACUUCGAUUUCAUAAAGUUAGUGCAAGAUGGGUCCCAAAAAACUCAUACAGUUGCAUAAACAAAUGCACUUGGACAUCUGCAAAAAACAUUUGGAUUGCUGUGGUAACAAACGGGACAACUUCUUAGAAAGGGAUCACUACUGGUGACAAAACAUGGAUCCAUCAUUACGAGCCAGAGAGUAAACAGAAGAGUAUGGAAUGGAAACAUCCAAAUUCGCCAUGCAAGAAAAACUUCAAGACCCAACCGUCCGCAGGAAAACUGCACUUAUGGUUUUUUGGGACACGCAAGGUCCAGUGCUGUAAAAUUAUGGGGAAAGGGGCACAACAAUAAACAGCCUACAUUACAGUGAGACGCUUACUGCCAGGCUAAAGCCUGCAAUUCGAAGCAAACUCGGAGGAUUGCUGUCAAAAGGGGUUGUGUUGUUGCUCAACAAAGCAUACUGCUGCCCACACUGCUGAAACGCUCCAGAAACUCAAAUUUGAAGUACUGGAUCAUCCUCCAUAUAGUCCCGAUCUUGCCCCAGCUGACUAUCACUGUCUGGUCCAUUCAAACAUGCAUUAAGGGGCUGUCGAUUUGCCUCGGAUCAAGCAGUGAAAGAAGUGGUGCAGUCCUGGCUCGCAACUCAACCGAGAACCUUCUUUUAUGAGGGCAUCAGGAAGCUUGUACAGUGAUGGACCAAGUGCUUUGAAAUGCAAGGAGACUAUGUCGAAAAAUGAUGUUCUUGUAAGUUUCCUAUUUGAUUACAAAAAAAAUUUUAUAACUACUUUGCGGAUAAUAAUUGACUUACCCUCGUAUUUCAUUCAACAGAGUCACUAACUAUAUCACCAUUUCUUAUGAAUGAAUGUGAGUAGUACAUUACCAAACAGAAUGCAACUGCAGUCUAAUGUUUAGUGUGUCGACCUACUUAUGUGGAGUUUCCAGGUUAGAUUCUAUGUGACCACAUAUUUUUCUGCAGUAAAAUGAUCCUGAAACAGAUCUCCCAUUCUCACCAGGCUGACUGAGGACCUGCUUUAGUAAAGAAGUUGGGGACUAACAUGCAGCUACUGAAGUGGCAUCAACUCAAAAAAUUCGUGCCAGAUUGA